AUGGGUGACAAGUCGUGCUAUAUGGGCGCUGGAGGCUAUCAAGGCUACAUGGGCAGUGGAACUGGUCAAGGCUACGCUCGUGAAGAAUACGCUGGCAGUAUGGGCGGCGGUGGUGGUGGUGGACAAGAUCCGAACAAACCAUAUCAAUAUCAGUAUCAGUAUCAACCACAGCAACAACAGCAGCCUCCGCAGCAACCGUACGGCAGCUCGGGCUACGCUGGAAAUGUUGGAGGAAGCGAUGCACAGGCGUCAUGCUACUUUGGACCGAAAUGA